GUCUUGACUCAUUUCCAGUGCGGCUCUCAAAACUAUCUGAUUUUUGUGAGCACAAUCGAAAAAGUCAGCAAGGUUUUUCAACUGCUCCUGAUAAGAUGGAGCUUUUAAAAUUGGAGUAAGGGCCUUUCUUUUAGAAAGUAUAGUAUUCAAAACUUUCUCGUUUACGUUCAAUCGCAUGUCUUUGGGAACCACCGACUGCUCAGAAUCGGGAAUCUGGGAACCCGUAACUGUUUGCUUCAAAAAAGCAGUCGCCAGUGGUGGAUCCUGAGUGCAAGCAAUGAACAUAAUUGUACUCGCCCGAGGGUUCGUCGACUUACAGAGGAGUCCUACAGCACGUUCCUGGGCAGGACAGAGAGAGUGCGGCAACUCCGUUUUCUCUUGAUGAUGCAAUGUAGAUAUCAGUUCACGAGUAACAGUACCCUUCAAGGUUGAUGCAGUUUUACCGGUUCCUGGCUCGCCGAGUGCAUCCGCAUAGUCCUGAAGCCAAGAGGAAAGGUCUAUAUGGUAAACGGUAGAUUCAUUGGCAACGAGGAUAGUGGAUUCAAAACUAUCAGUACAUAAACUCCACGAACUACUUUGCGGUAGCUGUAGUUGUUCAUGAAGGAAAAGACUGAAGAAAGACCUUCCGAAAGGGUUUUUUCAUUGUAAUCAAAUUCUCCACCUGUAACUCGCAUGUUCAUCGGGCACCGCUACGACAAAACAGAUCGCAUUACUGGCGGAGAGGACCGCGAAAACAGAGAAGAGCUGAAAGGAUACGCAAUCUCCACAAGAAAUAAAGGAUUACCAUCAAAAACCUACAUCACUCAUAGGAUGAUCAACGAGUCUGAGAUCGACUGGAUCGCAUGGCAAAUUCGACGGAGGAAUAAGAGGACGAGUCAAAGCAGGCGUGGUUGUGUUGAUAUUUAUCACUGUAGAAUACAUUUCGCCCUCAGAAUCAAUAGCAAUCACAACUGGAGCUUCAUCAGGUUCGACUAUGCAGUCAAAAGAAACUAUCGAUUUGAAGAAACCAUAGCUAUUAGAACCAUAUCCAUCACAUGUACGAUCACUUGCGCACAUAAACGAAGCAUAAUCUAUCGUUGCAAAUGGUAUAUCGCAUAUAUUAUCAGCUUGAUAUAUCCUUAUGCGAUUAUCACUGAAGAGAACUGCCAGCAAGUGCACGGAUGAACUCAUGGAAUCCAUCAGAAUCCACCUGAGUCGGAGUACUUUGGGCGGCCUUGGUGAAUCAAAAAGGGUCGGGUGCACUUCUUGAACUUCGCAAAUAUAUUGAUUAUAGGGAACGUUGCCAUCUGCUUUUGA